AUGACAAAAGCGGCGGUUCUGACAACUGGCGCAGAAGCAACUUCCCCUUUGUUCGACCUUGCUACGUACAGCGACUACAACCGCGCUCUGCGCGUUACCAGCUGGGUCAGAAGGUUCACGGAAAACUGCCGUCGUAGCGUGCGAACCACCGGGCCGCCUACAGCCAUCGAGAUAGCAGAGUCAGAGACGUUUUGGGUGAAACACACUCAGAAGGAAGUCUUUCCUGAAGAGAUUCAAGCGCUGACAAAGAAUCGUAGAAUCAGCGAAACUUCAAGGAUAGCUCAGCUCAACCCUUUUCUCGACGAAGGUGGAGUAAUGCGGCUAGAGGGCCGGCUUCAGUGUUCAGACAACUGUGAGGAUAUCAAACAUCCCAUCAUACUACCGAAAUGCCACGCCUUGGCUAGGCUGAUUAUUAUGAACACGCACCGACGCAUGCUACACGGCGGGGUACAGACGACAAUGUCGGCUUUGCGUGAAAGAUGGUGGUUGCUUCAAGCUAGACAGGCAGUGAAGUCGGUCAUCCACCGGUGUGCUGUCUGCGUGAAAUUCCGGGCACGACCAGCGUCUGCGCCAACAGCACCGCUGCCAGCUACCCGGACCGACCCGACUCACCCAUAUGAUACCACGGGUGUGGACUUUGCUGGCCCCCUAUAUGUGAAGACCACAACCAACACGGCAUCACCAAAGUGUUAUGUCGUACUUUUCACUUGUGCGACCACGAGAGCUGUACAUCUGGAGUAG